AUGCAGUAUGACCACGAUCCAAGAAAUCCUUCCUACAUUGCUGCAGAAACACCACUGCUGAGCACAGUUGGAGACUUCUGGCAAAUGGUUUGGGAGCAGUUUGCUGUUGUCAUUAUCUGCCUGGAACCAGAAUCAGCACUUACUCAAGUUAUUGAAGAUCCAUUCAACAUUACUGGUCAAGGUGAAAACGACACAAUUUCCCAAGCUCGCUACUGGCCACCUGAGGGCUGUAUGGUUUUUGGAAAAUUCGAGGUUCGCUUGGUGUCUGAGCACAAACAAUGUAGUGACUACAUAACCAGGUCAUUCUAUCUGAAAGAUCGGGAUUCCGAUGAGACCCGUACGGUGACUCAAUUCCAUUUCCUCAGUUGGACAGAGGAUACGCCAUCGUGCGAAGUCAAAACACUGCUAGAAUUCAGAAGGGAUGGAUCGAGCAAGACUGGAACCUAUCUUUUAUUUGAUCUGGUUCUCAAUCGAAUAAGCAAAGGUGUCAAGGAGUUGGAUGUGGCAGCUUCUCUUGAGCACCUUCGAGACCAACGACAAGGCAUGAUAAAAACUAAGUUAUGA